GGCUCGAGCCCUCCAUUCCACUCCAUGGCAGCCCGCCGCGCCGGCGGCGGGCCCCCUCCGUAGUCACCUAAGCCCCGCGCGGGGUGCGCGCGGAUCCCCCCCCCCUGGCACGUCUCGCGAUGAGCGUGGGGCCGCUGGACCACACCUUCAACGUGCCCGGCGCCGCCUCGCCGGGGGCGCUGGGCACCUUCGCGCCGCAGCAGCCGGGCGCGAUGGGCACCUUCGCGCCGCAGCAGCCGGCGAUGGGCACCUUCGCGCCACAGCAGCCGGCGGGGAGCUUCGCCGGAGGAUUUCCGAUUGGAGGACCCGCCGGAGCCCCGAUGACAGGCAUGCCGCUGGGCUCCGGAGUCGGCCCGCCGCUGGGCUCCUCCGCGGGCCCCCUGGCCGGCGCGCCGCCGCCGGGCUCUGCGUUCUCCAUGACGCCUCCGCCCGUGAUGCCGCCGGGCUCCUCCUUCGCCGUGCCCUCCGCGGGAGGUCC